ACACUGACACAACUCCAGAGUAAAGAAGAAGGCGGCGGAUGAGUGAGAGGAAAACAAAGGACAAAUAAGAGAGAGCGGAGGGCAGACAGGAGACGGGAGAGAGAGAGAGAGAGAGACGGUUUGGUUUUCCGCCAGAACCGAUGUCCGAGGCCCGCCGGGCGCCAGCUGAAGAGAGGAGACCGAGGCAGAGCGCCUAGGAGCGGCCGCUGGAGUGGAACGCUUCGGGGGGGAGGAGGGGGGGAGAGUGGGGGAGGCCAGGGAGAGGAGGGCACCGCUGGAGCUUUUCUCUGCGCACCGAGAUGAUGGAUUCCCCCACGGAUCUUUUUGACGACUCUGCUCCCCAGAUGCACGCAUUCGCUGCCACACACAGCUCCGCUGAUCUCCCUGGAGUUCAUCCUCAGCCCAUUGCCGGUCGCCCUCCACCCGCAUUCAGGUCCCCCGGAUUCCCCCUCAUCCACCACCUCCUCCAGCCAGGUGGAGCCCCCAGGAGGAUCGGAGGUCAACUCAACACCAACCCGAGCACACACAGACACCUGGAAGACAGAGACUUGGAGGAGGACAGAGGGGAGAGGGAGGGACGGGUAGCGCAAGGGGUGGAAGGAGGAGAGGACGGGGCGAUGGAGGGAGAGGACAGCUCGCUGGGGGUCAAGAAGAGGCUCGGCGACGAGUGGAGUCAGGACGUCCUGAAGGUGAAGAGGUUGAAGCUUGAGAGCCGACCAAGAGAUGGAGGGGCCGAGGUGGGAGGCAGGGGGCGCGAGGGGGGGAAGGAGGGGAAGAGGAGAGAGAGGGAGGAGCUGAAGGAACAGCUGGAGGAUGCGAGAGAGAGACUGCAGGCCCUGCAGGAGAAGGUGUGGAGGGCCUUUGGCGAGAAGCACCUGGAGGACGAGGAGAAGGAGAUGCGGUGCAGGAACGGAAGAGGAGGAGACGGAGGAGACGGAGAAGACCGCGGCCUGCUGGAGGAGGAGGACAUCACAGAAGGGAUGUACGACGAAGAGGACAUCGAUGGCGCAGAGAUGGAAAAGGAAACUUUCUCACUCCUCUCUGUCUCGCCUUUCGACAACUUCCACAAGCAGAGGGAUGAGAUGCAAAAAGACAGCGUGGGGAGGAUAGAGAGAGGGAGAGCAGGAGGCCUGCACCUGGAGGGCGUGAUGGAGGGGGCGGGGUUGUGGCUGGACUGCGGCGGGCUGCUGAGGGGGGAUUGGCAGGGAGGGAUCGAAGACGAGGGCGAGGAGGGAGGCCAGAAGUUCGCCCAGGCGCUGAAGGUGGAGCUGGGCAGUGCCGUGGCCCGCGUCAUAGACCGGGUCCUCCGCCUCUACACCGAGAUGACGGACGCCGCCCCCUCCUCCCCUCCCGCCGCCAUCUCCUUCCUGCCGUCCGAAGGCGGGAACGACGGCGGGAGGGAGGGGGGAGUGUGGAUGGGGCUUUUGACGAGCGGCAGAGGGGAGGAUAAGGUGAGAGGUGAGGAGGGAAAGGCAGUGGGGAGGCCGGAUGGAGGAAGAGAGAAGCCCGCCCAGAGGAGAAGCAACGGGAGCGCUCCGCCGCCGGGGCCGCCGCGCCUCGCCGAACCCUCCGAUUUGUCCAUGCCGUCGGCGGUCCAAAGGUCACAUGACGUGCGAAAAGCCCAACCGCUCCUCGGCCCGCCCCUCUCUGCUCACCUGAACCCCUCCCACCCGAACCUCGCCCUCCACCACCCGUCUCUACCUCGCCCCCCUCCUCUGUCCCACCCCACCCUCCUGCCCACGGCGUCGCAACCCAAGGACCUCUCCUUCCACCCGUCCUCCUCCUCCUCCUCCUCUUCGUCCUCUUCCUUCCCCGCGCCUCCCCCUCCACCGCCCCCGCCUCCUCCCCCGCUGCCUCUCCCACUGCUCCACUACUCCAUGCAGCAGCUCUUCUCUCGCUCGCUGCACCACCCCCAGCUGCCCCACCUCCAUCCGUCCCGCAAGGACUAUCUGAACUCCGACCCCUUCCUGGAGUUCUCGACCCACCCGUCAUCUCACCCGUCUUUCCCGCCGCUCCCCCUGCUCGGUCACCUGGACCCCUCCAUGGCGCGCCACGCCCACGGGGGCCGAGAGAGGGGGAUGAGGGGAGACGGAGGGAUGAGAGGAGGAGGGAUGGACGGAGGAGAGCUCUACCUGACCGCUGGGGGAGUUUACACCCAGGAGGGCUUGUCUCCCUGCCAUCUGAAGAAGGCCAAGCUUAUGUUCUUCUACGCGCGCUACCCGAGCUCCAACACGCUCAAGACUUACUUCCCCGACGUCAAGUUCAACCGCUGUGUGACCUCCCAGAUGAUUAAAUGGUUCAGCAACUUCAGAGAGUUCUUCUACAUCCAGAUGGAGCGCUUCGCCCGCCAGGCGGUCCGCGAGGCUCUGACCCGGGAGGGCGCACCUCGUCUGGGCAGAGAGAGUCACCUGCGAGUGGGCCGCGACACGGAGCUCUACCGCAUUCUCAACAUGCACUACAACAAAAGCAACGUCUACCAGGUGCCGGAGAGGUUCAUCGAGGUAUCGGACGUGGCUCUGAGGGAGUUUUACUCGGCCAUUUGGACGGGGAGAGACAGCGACCCCUGCUGGAAGAAAGGGAUCUAUAAGAUCAUCUGUAAGCUCGACAGCCCUGUUCCGGAUGCCUUCAGGCUGCCCGGUUGUCCGGUUGGCUGACAAUGGAAGCGCUUUCAUCCGGUACAUGUGUACACGUGGAUGCACAAAAAAAUAACUCACCGAAAGAAAGGGAUUUUAUUCAAUUCCAUUGAGACCUGCUAUUGGCAAAUCCACUAAAUUCCACUAUUCAGCUCGUUCAAAAUUCUUUUAUUUAAAAAAAAAAAAAAAAGGAGAGAAUUUCAGAUGCAUUUUAUUUCACAUAGUGUGCAGGGACAAGACAUGCAUGCUUAAUAGAACACACACACAUAUAGCGCAGUGAUGACAGCCUUGUGACUGCACUUAUCGAGGAACGUGACUGUAGCAUUGAAUUAAAACAGGAAUUCCAUCUCCAAACAUUUUCAACCAGUCCACCGACUAGUGAAAUCUCCGUGCUGCUACACGGCUUUGAUAAAGCAGUUGUGAAAAACAGAUUUCAGGAACACUGGCAUGGAAAUAUGAGCAUUCUUGCUGUGUAAUGCGUGUUACAGUGGGAUGGCUACACAUCGUUCAUUCACGUAAAAAGAUACAUUCCCUUGUUCACAAAAUUUAAAAAAAAGAAGCCAUUCUAUGCAUCCGCUCGGUAAUCAAAUUUACCGCAAGCAUGGGCUCUGCACAGACACAUUUACUACAAUAUUAUAUGGUUAUUUUCAGACCAAGAACCUGAGCACAAACCGUCGGCCCAUUCUCCACACGGCGUGUUAAUACAUUUCCCCUGUGAGGAUCCCCUGUAUCGCUCCUCUCCUUCCUCACCAACACAAAAGCUGUCAUGUUUGCAUUAAUCCAAAGUUGUUGUUUCUUUUAUCCACUUACGAAAUGAGGCUGGGAAAUCUAGAAGGAAAAUGUGAGGACCAAUCGUAAUUAAUGUUGAUUAUACAGUAUAUUGUAACUUUUUGGGUUGAUUGUGAUAUUUUAAAAUCAUGAAGUUGUCCUUGUUUUAGGACAACUGGAGUUCUGUUUGUCUGUAUAUCCAUCUCUUGGUCCAAUAUUUAAUUAUUACACAACUUUUGUACAUGAUGGCACGACGUAAUCACAAUGUAAUUAAGAUUCUACCAAGAGGGACAAUAUAUGGAAUUUAAAAUAGUAAAUUAAAUGUUUUGUUGUUUACUUGACGUACUGUUGUUGUUGAAAUAUUUACUUCUGUUUUAAACUAAAUAAGCCGGCUGUACAGUUAGUAUAUAUAUCAACAUUUGUUUCCCAAAGAUAUUUCAGUAACUUUUACUCUAUCUACUGGACAUCAUGACUCUUAUAUCGAGAGGAAACUUCUGUUUCCCCUCAUAAAAAAUGUUGAUGGCCGCUCGUCUGGCUUAAUCACGCCUCUGAGACCGAGCCCAUACGUGUAAACUAAUUGUGACGUGUUUCCAAGUGCAUGUUUCCUAUAUUUGCGUUACAUUUUCUAUUGUAAUCGCUUUUUUUCUCGUUGCUUUCAUCGGUGUCUCUUUUAUAUUGUACACAUAGAUCUGUGCCUCAUGCAGACUUGCAUGUGACUUUUUUUUGUGUUUGAAUUUAUCAGUGAAUUAAAGUGAUACCAGGCCUG